GAGGACAGCCCGGGGUCCUCAGGAUCAGGAGCCCCACGUGAUUAGCUCUGAAGCUAACCUGAGCUAACAGCCAAACAGCCGCAGCUGAGCGCAAUAAAGUGAAACAGAGACACUGAAACAUGGAACAAGUGAAGCUGGAGGAGGAAACGGAGCAGUGGGAGCAGAGAGGAGGAGCAGAGGAGCAGAGAGGAGGAGCACAGGAGCAGGAGGAGCAGGAGGAGCACAUACACAGCUCUGACUCUGACCACCCCCGCCUUAAAGAGGAGCCAAAAGAGCCAGAGGAGCCAGAGGAGCCAGAGCUGUGCAUCAAACAGGAGCCCCAAGACUUCCCUUUUCACAUGGUCACCGUCAAAACUGAAGAUGAUGAGGAAGAUGAUGAAGAUGAUGAAGAUAAGUCCUCUGUGCUUCGCCAAAGAUCAACUGAGGAGAACAGAGAGAAAACCAACGGAGAGAAGUGUGGAGCAGACCAGAGACCAUACAGCUGUUCAGACCAGAGACCAUACAGCUGUUCAGACAGUGAGGAGCAGACUGACAGCUCUGACGACACCGAUCGCUCUGAAGACUAUAGUCCAGCACAGGCUCGGGCCAAAAGGAGCUUUGUGGUGAUUCCUCCUGGUGCCUCCACAGCUGAGCAGAUGUUUACAAAGAAAUCAGCCAUAAAAAAAGCCAUGUCUGCUUCCUCUGGGGAGCGGCCUCAUAAAUGUUCCGUUUGUGACAGAGAUUUUAAAGAAGAAUCGUCUCUGACUCGUCAUGAACGCCACCGACAUCACAUCUGCCCCGUGUGCCCGAAACGCUUCACAAAUAAAAUCAAACUCGCGGUGCAUCUGCGCGCUCACGUGGACGAGGGGACAGUGGACCAGUCCAUUUUGGAAGAAGAGAGCCUGAAACCAUACAGCUGUUCUCAGUGCGGGAAGGCGUUUGGGCGAAAGGCGCAUUUAGGGAGGCACAUGAUCGUCCACCGAGCAGAGACGCGGCACAAAUGUUCGGUUUGUGAGCGGGAUUUCAAACUCAUGACGAGACUCCGAGAGCACAUGAGGACACACACGGGAGAAAAGCCCUUCGUCUGUCCAGUCUGCGGGAAAAGCUUUGCUCAAAUCUCCACUCUCUCUCGACACCAGAAACACAUCCAUCACAUGUGUCCGGUUUGUAAGGGCAGUUUUCAAAAUAUAACUGAACUAAACCAACAUCUCAAAACUCAUCUCGACGACGGCACACUUGACCAGUCACUCCUAGAGAGAAAAAGUAUCAAACCAUGCAGGUGUUCUCUUUGUGGGAAGGAGUGUAGAAACAAAUCAAACCUGCAGAGGCACAUGUUUGUCCACACGGGAGAGAAACCUUUCAGCUGUUCAGUUUGUGAAGAAGGUUUUGUUUGUAAAUUUGAAGUUAACCAACAUUUAAGAUUUGCCCAUCACAUCUGUCCAGUUUGUAAAGAAGAGUUUGAGAGAGACGCAGAUUUAACUGACCAUUUGAGGACACAUGUGGACGAUGGGAGUCUGGACCCAGAGCUCAUCGAAAGAGUCAACAGGAAACCUUACAGCUGUUCUAUGUGUGGGAAGGAGUUUAACUGCAAGACCGCUUUUCGGCGGCACAUUUUAGUUCACUCAGGAGAGAGACCUUUCAGUUGUCCAAUUUGUGAAAAGACGUUUACACAAAAAGGAACUCUUAAAACCCAUCAGAGGAUUCACUCCGGAGACAGGCCUUUCAGCUGUUCAGUUUGUGACAAAAGUUUUGUGACUAACUCUCAUCUAAAGACUCAUCUGAGGACUCACGCUGAGGCUGCAGUGUUCAGUGACAGACCCUGAGUACGGCUCCUGUCCAGAGAUGAGCUGUUUUUAAUCCUGAAAAAUCAGAGCAGAAAAACAACGACGACAUUUGAGCGAAAAAUGUGUUGAACGAAGUGUUUGGUGACGGCUGCCUGGACGUGUCACAAUCAUCACUUUAUGGACGUGUGGAUCCAUGUGCCCUGGACUUUGUGAGGCUCAGUGUUUGUGUCACUUUUCUUCUUUCGUGGGAGACGUUCUGUCAUUUUCUGUGUCAGAUUUGAGCUGCAGACGUAAAUAAAUCACUUCUGUUCUUAUUUUGCUCCUCGGCUCUUUCAAUGAGACGAUUGUUUUAGAAAUGGGUCACUGCGAUUUUCUUGUUUUUUGUUCUUGUUUUGGUUGAAAUAGUUUGAAUGUCGUUGUUUAUCUCAGUAUUUCUCGGUGGCGAUGUAUCGAGCUUCACAGUGACAGGUCGACUGGUGCCGAUGUCUUUGAUGUUUUUGGUCCGAUUCUGAUUAUUUUUAUUUAGUUAUUGAAUUUGGAUUUUUACUCCAAACUGUAUCAGACACAUUUUAGUAAAGUGUUUAAGCUCCACCCAGGCUCUUUAUGCAGCUGCUUUAAAGCCAAGACUCCAAAAAGUGCAAAUAUGAGCUCGAUAAACUGGAACUGAAACUGUUUGAUUGAAAUUUUAAAUAAAAGGUGAAACAGAAAUG